CACUACUUCUGGUUCUUGACAAUUACGUAUCAAUGAUCGACUUCCAUGUGGUCUGAUUGUUGAGUGCAGGACUGUGGUCGAGGGAUAAAUUUUGGUAAAUUAUUCGCCAUGCCGAAUAAAGGGACGAAAAAGAAAGUCAAGAUUUACCACAAGAAAAAACAUGAACCUGAAGAGAAGAUCAUUGAAAAACUUCAAGCUGCCUACAAAACGGUUGAUAUUUCCAAAGUGAAGACUUUUUCUGACCUCCCUCUGUCGCAGCGAACUCAAAGAGGUUUGAAAGUAAACGAGUUCCUUGAGCCAACGGAAAUUCAACGACAAAGUAUCGCUUUAGCAUUGCGUGGCCUUGAUAUUUUGGGAGCAGCAAAAACAGGCAGUGGAAAAACAUUAGCUUUUUUAAUACCGAUUCUAGAGAUUUUGUACUGUAAACAAUGGACACGAUUGGAUGCUGUUGGAGCCCUGGUUAUCACACCAACCCGAGAGUUGGCUUAUCAAAUAUAUGAAACUUUGAGAAAAGUUGGCAGUUACCAUGAUUUUUCAGCUGGUCUUAUUAUUGGCGGUAAAGAUCUACAUUUUGAGAAAAAACGGAUGCAUCAGUGCAACAUUGUCAUUUGUACGCCUGGUAGAUUGUUGCAACAUAUGGAUGAGAAUCCAUUAUUUGACUGUGUCAAUAUGCAGGUAUUAGUUCUUGAUGAAGCUGAUCGAUGUUUAGAUAUGGGAUUUGAGCAGACAAUGAAUAGCAUUAUUGAAAAUCUGCCAUCUCAACGGAUAACACUUUUAUUUUCAGCAACGCAAACUAAGUCAGUCAAGGAUUUGGCCAGAUUGAGUUUACAUGAUCCAAUGUAUGUAUCUGUUCAUGAACAUGCCACACAUAAGACACCAGAACGUUUACAACAGAGUUACGUUGUCUGCAAUUUGGAGGAUAAAAUGUCAAUGUUAUGGUCUUUUGUUAGAAAUCAUUUGCGGCAAAAAAUACUUGUAUUUUUCUCCAGCUGCAAACAGGUCAAAUAUGUGAAUGAUAUGUUUUGCCGUUUAAAACCAGGAGUAAGUCUGCUCGCAUUAUAUGGUACACUUCACCAGUUGAAACGAAUGGCUAUUUAUGAAGCAUUUUGCAAAAAACAACAUGCUGUACUUUUUGCUACUGACAUUGCCGCCAGAGGAUUAGAUUUCCCAGCGGUGAAUUGGGUGGUGCAAAUGGAUUGUCCAGAAGAUGUCAAUGCUUAUAUACAUCGAGCAGGCAGAACUGCCAGAUUCCAGCGAGGUGGAGAAUCAUUACUUGUUUUACUACCAAGUGAGAUCAAUAUGAUUGAGCAGCUGCAGGAACAUAAAGUUCCUAUUAAUGUUAUCAAAAUCAAUCCGAAUAAACUACAGUCCCCGCAUAGAAAGAUGGAAGCAUUACUUGCUAGAGACGUGGCUCUGAAAGAGACAGCUCAAAGAGCCUUUGUUGCUUAUGUAAAAUCCGUUUUCCUUAUGAAAGACAAGAGUAUAUUCGAUGUGCAUCAGCUAAAUACGGAUGCUUACGCCAAAUCAUUGGGAUUGGCAAUACCACCCAGGAUUCGAUUUCUUCAAAAAAUCAAUAAAGCAAAAGAAAGUCAACGUGCGAAAAAACUCAGUAAAUUAACCGAUUCUACAAAUUCCGAAAUGUCACAAAAACUAAGUAAUUAUGACAUCGAAUCAGAUAGUGAUGAUGAUAAAGGUUCUGUAAAUAGUACCAGCGGCGAUGAGCCACAUGAGAAUAGUGACAAUGAAUAUCAUGCUACUGAUUCAAGGGAUCGAAGCGACACAUUUUUUGGCAAUGAGGAUAGUGACAGUGACGAAAAUAUUCUAACUGUCAAACGGCGAGACAUAUACAUCCAAGAUGGUGCUGGUUCUCUGAAUGAUCAUGUGGAAGAAAACUCUAUUGAAAACAUAGACAAUUUGAGUAUAUCCAAGAAAAAAGCUAUCACAAAAGCUGCAAUAGCUAAGAAAAUUCUCAAGAAAAAAAUAGUUGCGAAUAAAAAAACUACUUUUGAUGACGAGGGCCAGGUAAUUGUAAACCCUACAAAAUCUAAAAUGUCUGAGAUAGCACGUGAAUAUGAAAAUGAAGAGAGCUCUGGGAUUGAUAUUGAAAAAGCAAAGGCGAUACUACGUGAGGAGGAUCGUUUUGAUAAAGAACGGUUCAAAGAAAGAAUAAGAGCAAAACAUCGGGAAGAGAAGCAGAAACUAAAAGCUAGCAGAAAGAAGAUUCACGAGGAGGCAGAACAAGGAGAGGACGCAGAAGAUGAAGGAGAUAGUCAUGGUAGUAGCGAUGAAAACGAGCCAGACCUGUCCUGGUUGCCAGAUCCAGAUAAAAUUUAUGGCAAACGCGAGGAUAGCGAUGCUGUUGAAUCCGAUAAUGCUAGUGAAGAUUCUGAUGAAUUUGACAGAAUACGCAAGCGAAAGUUGUUAGAUACUGAAGAAAUAAACGGAAAGAAAAAUAGCAAAAAGGCUAAAUUGUUGGAUAAGAAGGCUGGUCUAAGUUUACUCGAAGAUGAAGAACUUGCCUUACAACUUUUAAAAAAUCGGUAAUCUCCAAGUUGGCAUAAAC